GUGAUAAGAACAUAACCUAUUAUAAGUACCAUUUUUUUUAUCAUACAUCUAAUUUUCAUCUGAAUUAUUAUAAAAAAAUGGACCCAAAAGUAAAGAAAAAACAAAAUAAAACUGAUGUAAUAGAAAAUUUAGAAGAUUAUUCCAAAGAGGAACUAAUUCAAAAAAUAAAAACAUUGUCAGCUCAUAAUGUCCAAUUAAAAAACUUGCUUUCCAAAGGUACAGCAUCUGAGGAGAAGCCUGUAAAAUCGUCCAAGCCAUUUGAUUUUUCCAGGUAUCAAUUUCAACACAUAGCCCUACACUUUUUAUAUUUGGGCUGGGAUUACAAAGGUUUUGUUGUGCAAGAAGAUACUACUAAUACAGUGGAAUAUCAUCUAUUCCAGGCUCUACAGAGGACAAAACUUAUUCCAGAUAGGGCAUCUUCCAAUUACCACAGAUGUGGCAGGACAGAUAAAGGGGUUAGUUCAUUCGGACAAAUUAUUUCGUUAGAUGUAAGAACUAAUGUGUUGAAAGAUGAUCCAUCUAAGCCAAGUGUUCCAUUAAACUAUUGUAAAAUAUUAAAUAGAGAAUUGCCGAAUGAUAUACAAUGUGUUGGUUGGAGUGCUGUAGAUGAGAGUUUUAGUGCAAGAUUUGAUUGUAAGUCCAGGACCUAUAGGUAUUAUUUUCCCAGAGGACAAUUAAAUUUAGAGAAAAUGCGAAUAGCAACAGAAAAAUUAAUUGGGGCACACGAUUUCAGAAAUUUUUGUAAAAUGGAUGUAGGUAAUGGUGUCGUUGAGUUUAUAAGAAAGAUUGAUGAAAUUAAUAUUGAAUCAAUUAAUCAAAAUGAGGAAGAUUACGAUAUGUAUGUCAUUAUUAUAAAAGGAAAAGCAUUUCUGUGGCAUCAGAUUCGAUGUAUCAUGGGCGUAUUGUUUUUAAUUGGACAAGAAAAUGAAGUACCUGAGGUUAUUGAUGAAUUACUGAAUGUUACAAAAAAUCCCAGAAAACCAGCAUACUCUAUGGCUAGUGAAAUUCCCUUAAAUUUAUAUUACUGCGAGUAUGAUGAUUUAAACUGGAAUUACGAUCAAGAAGCGCUGACUCAGGUGAUAGAAAAAUUAAACAAACAGUGGACCUUGCAGGCUGUAAAGAGUGAACUCAUAAAAGGAAUGGUGACAUCAUUGGUUAGUCUAAAAAGAACGAAUGAGGAAGGAGAUUCAACAUACAAAUGUCUCAGUGACCAUUUGAUCCAGGGUAUACGUUGUAAAAAGUAUCAACAUUUACUAGAACGACAGUCAUGUCAUAGUUUAGAACAUAAAAUUGAACAUUUUACAAAAAGGCGAAAAUUGCAAAUAGAAAAUAAGAAAUAAAGCAUUUAUCAU